UAGAGAAUCGUUGUCUUGGCUCCUUAAUAGAGUGUGGAUCCUCAGGAGUGUGCAUUCCGCCCUGGCAGUGGUGUGAUGGAGUGAACCACUGUCCCAAUGGGGAGGAUGAAACCCGGUGUGUUAGACUUUUUGGACCAAACUUUAUCCUGGAAGUUUAUUCACCUGUCAGCAAAUCCUGGUAUCCUGUUUGUCAAGAUGGCUGGAAUGACAAUUAUGGGAGGACUGCAUGUAAAGACCUGGGCUACUCUGCAGAUACGUAUUACUAUAGUCAAGGAGUAACAACUGAAGUCAGCUUUAAAAGCUACAUGAAACUGAACACGAGUGCUGGGAAUAUAGACUUGUACAAAAAACUGUAUAGCAGUGAUUUCUGUGCAUCAGGAAAUUUGGUUUCUUUGCGCUGCAUAGAGUGCGGGCUGCCCACGAAGAGCCCCAACGUUAUGAACAGAAUUGUGGGUGGCAGUGGGGCAGUGCUGGGGCAGUGGCCGUGGCAGGUCAGCCUCCAUGUGCAGGGCAUCCACGUGAUCAUCCCCCGCCAGUGGAUAGUGACGGCAGCACACUGCGUGGAAGGACGAUUUUCUGACCCAUACAGCUGGAGGGUUUAUGCUGGGAUUCUGAACCAGGAUGAGAUGUUGUUACGAAAUGGAUACAGAGUGCAACAGAUAAUUUCCCAUCCAGAUUAUGAUACAGAUUCUAAAGACAAUGACAUUGCCCUUAUGAAGUUAGAGACACCGCUGACUUUUACUGAUAAUAUACGGCCAGUUUGUCUGCCCAAUCCAGGGAUGAUGUUUGAGCCUGAUCAGCAGUGCUGGAUAUCUGGGUGGGGAGCAGAAUACCAAGGAGGUAAAACAUCAAAUAACUUGAAUUAUGUUAUGGUGCCCUUGAUAGAACAUUCUGUGUGUAAUUCUAUCUAUAUCUAUAGUGGCAUGAUUUUGCCUACAAUGAUCUGUGCUGGAUAUCUAGGAGGAGGAAUUGAUUCCUGUCAGGGUGACAGUGGAGGUCCGCUAGUAACUAACAAAAGCUCCGUGUGGUGGCUGGUUGGAGAUACCAGCUGGGGAACUGGCUGUGCUAGUCCCAAUAGACCUGGAGUGUAUGGGAAUAUGACUGUGUUUACAGACUGGAUUUAUAAAAAUAUGCAGGCAAACAGAUGA